GUGCUGGAGGAGACGAGUGGAGGGGAGGUAGGCGGAGAGACUGCUAAUUGUGGCCUGCUAAUCCAACCCCUCCUCCACUUUCACCCACCUCCACAUCCUCCCCUAUGUCACAUUCGAGGAAGGCCAGGCACAUAUUGAAGGAAAGGUACUGCUCCCUGUGAAGUGAAGGCCAAGUAUUUUGAGGGAAGAGGAUUCAAGAAACAGUGGACGAUAAGAAAACCAAAUGCUUACUUGGAUAUUUCCUGCAUAGAAUGUAGCUGCGUCUUUUCAUCUCUCUCCACGUCCUCUUCCUACCACAAAAUUCACGGCACUAUGGGAGAAGUCCAAAAGGGUUUGUUUUCAGUCAUUGAGAAGCUAAAAGGCACUACAGAGCAAGAGCUGCGGAUAGUUCUUCUUGGUCUUGAUAACGCUGGAAAAACCACUUUGUUAAAACAACUCGCCUCAGGAGAUGUGAACACCAUCACUCCAACUCAGGGUUUCAACAUUAAAAGUGUGACCUGUGAUAGCAUGAAGCUGAAUGUGUGGGACAUUGGAGGACAGAGGAAGAUUCGACCAUUCUGGAAGAAGUACCUGGAGAACACAGAUUUAUUGAUUUAUGUGAUUGACAGUGCAGACAAAAAGCGAUUUGAGGAAGCAGGACUGGAACUCUCGGAGCUCAUCGAUGAGGAGAACCUGAAGGGUGUGCCAUUGCUCAUCUUUGCCAAUAAACAGGACCUGGCCACAGCCUCUCCGGCCAGUGAGAUCGCAGAGGGCCUCAACCUGCACACGUACCGGGACAGAGAGUGGCAGAUCCAGGCCUGUUCUGCCGUAUCUGGGGAGGGUGUACAGGAUGGCAUGAACUGGAUCAGUAACAAUAUUGUAAAUAAGAAAAAAUGAAUCUGCUCACUUCCAAGUGUUAUUUUGUACAAUUGCUCUGAUUCUUCUGUUAACGUAAACCACGUAUAAAAUAUUUACUUCAGAAAACUCUUUUUGUAAUUAUAUUAAUGAUCUUUCUUGCUGUUUGUAAAUUGGCUGCCAAGAGAGACUGGCAGGAAAACAACAAAACAAAUAAUUUUUCCCUCUCUUAUCUCUUGUGAUCUUACAGAGAGUUUUUCUUGCUCUCAGACUAGACAAGCUUUCUUUAAAAUCUGUAAAUCAUGCUUUCGCUGUCACGUUUUUGAGAAAUAUGACAUACCAGGGCAUAAAUAAUGCACACAAGCAAGAUUUCCAGCCUAAAAUAAGGAAGAGGCAUCCGUGUAUCUAUCA